AUGUCCAAGAGAAGGACCAACUGCAAAUAUGGUUUGUUCUUCAUCAUGGGCACCUCGGCUGCCAUGGUCUUCAGCACCUUGAGUUCCACCUAUGGCACAGCCAAUAGAGGCACUGGUAUUGUGGCCAUGUCCGCCAUGCUGCCAGAGCUGAUCAUGAAGUCCAUCAUGCCUAUGGUCAUGGCUAGUAUUAUCGCCAUCUCCGGCCUGGCGAUGGCAGUCCUCAUUGUGAACUCUCUGAAUGACAGCACCAGCCUCUACAAGAGUUUGCUCCAAUUGGGCGCUGGCCUGAGUGUGGGCCUGAGUGGCCUGGCAGCCGGCUUUGCUAUCCGCACUGCUGGGUGUGCUGGUGUGCAGGGCACUUCCCAGCAGCCCCAGCUGUUUGUGGGCAUGAUCCUGAUCCUCAUCUUCAGCCAUAGUGCUUGGCCUCUACACUCUCAUUGA